AUGGAAAUAGAGAGAUCAGUAGUCGACAACCUUGGAGUUUUGAAAGUCUUCCGGUUAGGGGAGUAUGAUCUCCGCAGGAAAUUUCCGAGACCAAUUUGUGUUCAGCUCACUGACAAAUCUCAGAAGGAGGUGAUGCUGAACAGUGCUAAAAUGUUGAAAUCCAAUCGCUCAGCCAUCAGAGUUGUCCACCAAUUACCAAAAGAGAUGCGAGAAAAGAGAAAACAACUGUUUGAAAUUCAGAAAAAGUAUUCAGAACGACAGAUAGAGACAAAAGUGAAAGGUGACAAGCUUGUAUUUACACAGAGUAACUCCGUUUAUCGGGACAAGGUGGACUCCAGACGAAUAGGAGACGAAGUGAUCACCCCAUACGAGGUCAAUGUAUCGAUUUCAUCAGGGAAGUCAAUUAAAGACAAUAGAAAUCGAUUCCUUGCGCAUUCUACAUCUGUGGAUUCCUUCAAGUCUGUCAGAAAGUCGCUGUUAGAAGUAAUGCGAUUAGACUCCAUUCCGAGUGCCAGUCACAAUAUCUAUGCGUACCGCUUCACGAGUAAUGACGGGAUCACACGAUGGUCAGACGACGACGGUGAACAUGGGACAGGACGAGCGCUUUUAGUUACACAAAAAUACAAUGAAAUUGAAAUUUCGCUCGUUGUGGUAUAACUCGUUCAUACUCUUGCAAUCCUCGAGCAUGUUGUUAUGUUCAAUAUUUGUUUUUGUUUUUUUUAAGUCUUUUUUUCAAUUGUUUUUAAUUUUUCUAUUCUCUUUUCUUUCCUUAGAGAUGCAUGUACACUGAACAGGACAAAACUCCUGUCUGAACCCAGGCUAUCAUGGAUAAAAACUUAAGUGAAAACAAUCUUAGAAUACUUACACUAAACUGCCAGGGACUAGGUGACACAAAACAUUAUAAUAUUUACUUUUUACAAGACACACUCUUUUCUAUUGAAAAAGAAAAUAUGAUAAAAACAUAAUGGGGAUGCAAAGAAAAUUAAAGACUAUCCAAUGUGCAGCUUUUGUGGUGUUCAUAUCGAAACAAUAGAAUAUCUUUUUUUAAUUGCAUACAAAUAAAGGAGCUAUGGUGUGAUGAUGAACAAUGGAUUUUAGAACAGUUGUAUAUCCCUGUAUAUUUUGACAAGCUCACUGUACUAUUUGUUAAAUAAUGUAAUAGACAUAUGUAUGAAAUUCAAAACUUGAUUUUGCUUUUUUGGCACACCGUUUUUCCCUAUAAUAGCUCUGGAACUUCAUUGUUAUUUCGGAUUUCAAACAUUUCGGUUGAGCAUCGCUGAAUAGACAUCAUUUGUCAAAAUGCGCAUCUGGUACAUCAA